UGCUGACGCUAGACAGAGGUGCGGCGCCGGGAGCGGCUGGGCGCGCGUUCCGGGGCUUUCGGAGCAGCGGCGUGAGACAUGAAGCCAUUAUUAUCUCAGGAACUGAAAUGGCCAAACAAAUCCAGAAAGAAAUACAGCGAGGUGUGGAAUCAUGGAUUUCCCUUGGGAACAGAAGACCUCACCUCAGUAUCAUUCUAGUGGGAGACAACCCAGCAAGCCACACGUACGUCAGGAAUAAGAUAAGAGCUGCCUCUGCUGUAGGUAUCUGCAGUGAGCUCAUUCUAAAACCUAAGAAUGUUUCUCAGGAAGAACUUUUGGAUAUAACUGAUCAGUUGAACAUGGACCCAAGAGUCAGUGGUAUAUUAGUUCAGUUACCACUGCCAGACCAUGUGGAUGAGCGAACAGUAUGUAAUGAAAUUACUCCUGAAAAAGAUGUAGAUGGAUUUCAUAUUAUCAAUAUUGGAAGACUGUGCCUUGAUCAGCAUUCUCUCAUCCCUGCCACUGCCAGUGCUGUUUGGGAAAUAAUCAAAAGAACAGGAAUUGAAACAUUUGGGAAAAAUGUGGUUGUGGCUGGAAGAUCCAAGAAUGUAGGAAUGCCCAUUGCGAUGCUUUUGCACACUGAUGGACAACACGAACGGCCAGGAGGUGAUGCAACUGUGACAAUAGCUCACAGAUAUACCCCCAAAGAACAAUUGAAGAUCCAUACUCACCUGGCAGAUGUUCUUGUAGUAGCUGCAGGUAUUCCCAAGUUGAUUACAUCUGAUAUGGUUAAAGAAGGCGCAGCUGUGAUUGAUGUGGGCAUCAACUACUUCCAAGACCCAGUGACAGGAAAGACAAGAUUAGUGGGAGAUGUGGACUUUGAAGCUGUUAAGAAGAAGGCUAGCUUUAUCACUCCAGUUCCAGGAGGUGUGGGACCCAUGACGGUGGCAAUGCUUUUGAAGAACACCCUUCUGGCAGCUAAAAAAAUCAUUUACUAGAGCACAUGAAACAACAAAGUGAACUGAAGUCAUGCCAUUUAUUUAUUGGACAAAGGACAGAAAGCUUUAUAUUUUACUACAAAGCUAUUUAUUUCUACAUGGUAUUUAUUUUUUCAUGGAUGGAAUCAUUGUGGAUCGGGUGAUUCACACAACCUUAUGCAUUUCCUGCUAACAGAUUUUGAGUUUUAGGAAAAACCAAAACAGUUCCAAUGAAAAUUUGGGUGAUGGUUAUUUAUUUU